AUCAAAAAACACUGAAUAGUCUACCUCUAAACACUUUUUUUUUAGUCAGCUUUUGGUGAAGCCCAACAAGUUUUCUCCCCUCUUACCUUCUUUCGUCAAAAAACACUAUCUCCCUCUAAACUCUAUUCACUUUUUUUUUGUCAGCUUUCGGCGAAACCCAACAAGUUUCGCACUGUUCCAACUUGAAAUAUAUAUUUAUAUAUAUACAUUUUUUUUUUCCUCUUAGCAAAAACUUUUCAAAAUCCUUGAUUUUCUUUACAUUUUUGUCUUUCUAAUCUCGCCUAUAAUCUUCUUCAUCGUUCUUCAAUUAUCUUUCUGGAGAAGACACGGGAUUUGGUGGUUGGUUCUUGAGAGAAAAAGAAAGCUGGGAUUUUUGAAGUAGGUUCUGCUGAGGCAAUGGGUUGCAUGAAGAGGGGUCUAUGUGUUGGGAUCUGUAUUGGGUUGAUUUCGAUUUUCACUGCCACAUUUUGUGUUGGUCUCACUGACUCAACCGACGUUGUGGCAAUCAAUAGUUUAUAUGUUGCUCUUGAGUACCCUCCACUUCUUGGUUGGCUUCUUGUUGGAGGAGACCCUUGUGGGGAUAAGUGGCAAGGUGUUGAAUGUGUCUUCUCAAACAUAACAGAAUUAAGGCUUAGCGGCACAAAUUUGGGAGGAAAGUUGGGUGAUAGUUUGGGAGACUUUGGAGCGAUCUUGGCAAUAGAUCUAAGCAACAACCAUAUUGGUGGGACUAUUCCAUCGUAUUUUCCCUCCACCAUCAGGAACCUUUCUCUUUCAGCUAACAAGCUCACUGGAAUCAUCCCCGAUGCUUUGUCCUCAUCCAGCCAAUUGACGAACUUAGAUCUAUCGGGAAACAAUUUUAGUGGUCAAUUGCCUCCCUCAUUGGGAAAUUUGUCAUCUCUUACCACAUUGCACUUGCAGAACAAUCAACUCACUGGGACCCUUGAUGUUUUACAGGAUCUUCUCCUGCAGGAUCUGAACGUAGAGAACAAUCUAUUCUCUGGACCUAUACCUGGAAAAUUACUGAGUAUUCCAAAUUUCAGAAAAGAUGGAAAUCCAUUCAAUACUACAGUUAUUCCAUCACCUACGAUUGCAGCUCCUCCUCUUGCUGCUGCACCAUAUGCUGAAAAAGCCCCUGGGAAACCAGCAAUUGGACCUUCUGUCCCAGAAAUAUCAAAGUCUACUAGAGCUGGGAAAGUGUUCACUACCAAGAGGUUGACUUGGAUUUCUAUUAUAGGGGCUUCAAUACUUUUUUCAUUGGUGCUGUGUCUUUGUGUGUUUAGAUGCAAGAAAGGAAGGCAAGAGAAAGAGAAUACUAAGAGGCAUGAUACCAGUACCUAUAAGGCCUCUAGAGAAAAGCCUAAAUACACUGAAUCGGUGCCUCAGCAAAAUUAUCCAAUGGAGAAAGCAGUGCCAAGAGGGAGAGUUGCGAAACCAAGCGAUAGUUAUGUUGAAAACAAUGGAAGAAGAGGUGUAUUUCCAAAGCUUCAGAAUGAACAGGAGGUAGAUGUGAAAAACACACCUACAGUUUCACUGCCCAAGAAGGAUCAUGAUUCAGACAUGAGCAGCAUGGAUAUGGAGUUCUUGCCACCACCACCUCCUCCAUUUUUUACUUCUGAGAAGGUCUCUGUGGAACCGAUGGUACCUUUCAAAGUUACUUCAAAUAGACAUCCUUCUAAGAGUCCGAAUGCAAGUUCUGCAAAAGCUUUCACUGUUGCGUUGCUUCAGCAGUAUACAAAUAGCUUUUCUCAUGAAAAUUUUAUUGGUGAAGGCAUGCUUGGUAGUGUUUAUAGGGGUGAGAUGCCUGAUGGAAAGCUACUGGCAAUCAAAAAACUGGAUACUAAAGUUUCUGGGCAGCAGAGUGAUGAGGAUUUUUUUGAACUAGUUUCUAGUAUCUCUAAACUUCGCCAUGCUAAUAUUGUGGAGCUUGUGGGUUACUGUGCUGAGCAUGGCCAGCGGCUACUUGUAUAUGAGUAUUGCAGAAAUGGGACACUUCAUGAUGCACUGCAUGAUGAUGAGAUUCAAAAGAAAUUUUCAUGGAAAACACGCAUCCAAUUGGUGCUCGAAGCUGCAAGAGUCUUGGAGUAUUUGCAUGAGAUCUGUCAACCACCCAUUGUUCACCGAAAUUUCAAGUCUGCCAAUCUUCUCCUAGAUGACAAGCUUGAAUUAUGUGUCUCCGACUGUGGUUUGGCUCCUCUGUUAUCUUCUAGUUCAGCGAGUCAGUUGUCUGGACGACUUCUCACUGCUUACGGUUAUGCUGCCCCGGAAUUUGAUUUGGGAAGUUAUACUUACCAAAGUGAUGUCUAUAGCUUUGGAGCUGUAAUGUUAGAACUUCUCACUGGACGGAAGUCAUUUGACAGGUCACGGCCUCGAGGGGAGCAAUUUCUGGUUAGAUGGGCAGUUCCUCAGCUACAUGAUAUUGAUGCAUUAGCAAGGAUGGUCGAUCCCUCACUAAAAGGAGCAUAUCCUAUGAAAUCGUUAUCACGUUUUGCUGAUAUUAUUUCGUCAUGUGUACAGCAAGAGCCGGAAUUCAGGCCAUCAAUGUCUGAAAUUGUCCAAGAACUCUUACGAAUGAUUUAAAGGGAACCUUUCAAAUGAGGAAUUAUCUUAAUUAGGAAUUGAGUAUGACUAUGAUAGGUAUCAGCUAAAGAGGUGAGCUUGCAGUAGUUGCGAAUUUGUUCUGAAGCCUCUUAACAUAAUUUACAAUUCAUAACUUCUUAUCAGUGUGAAGGAGCUAAUGUAAUUGUUUUAUGAUAAUUUUGUGAAUACUUCUUUGUGAA